AUGAGCAAAAAUGAGACAACACCGGAUCAGAACAACCAUAACAACAACGAUGAACGUACCUCCAAGACCAAGACACACUAUGAACACCGCGGAUCACACUAUUAUGAUGACGGAUGGACAGAUAACUCCAAGACCACUCUGACGAUUGGAAAUACCGGGACAAGACCACAAAGAAGAUACCGAUGUGGAAAGAAAAAAAAGACAAGACAAGAAUGCCCUGAUGAUAAUAUAGAAAGCUGUUAUGGCCGUGAUCGUAAUCUCAAUCACGAUCGCGAUCAUACCCCCACCACUAAAUCAAUUGCAGUCACAAGCACUAAUGACGAAUUUGUUGACACUGAGGAUCACAAUUCGCAAGUUAACGAUUACUCAAGAGAAUCUGCACAGGUUGGUCUCGAUGACAAUAACAAUGAAAGAUAUCCAACUACAAAAUUCCAGGAUCCUCAAGAUUUGCACGAAGAUGUAAUAAAAUUGGAAGAUAUUUCAAGAAGCAAUCGCAAAUGGACGAGGAUGAUUCGCAAUAUACUUCUCUGUAUUUAUACUAUUCUUAAUCAAUGA